UGUGGUUUUAAAGUAACCGGAAAUCAACAGUGAAUGUUUAAGCGGCUGUAAAAUCAUUUUAGGUUGAGGUUUCUUUUUUGCUGUCAAAGUAUUGUUUUAAUUUUAUAUAUUUUAACCAAAUGAAUUACUUAGCAGCGGUCUCCAAAACGAUGCAAUCUUUGAAAGGGUUGAGAUACCUGAAAUCCAGUACAACGAAACAAGCAGUUUCAGAGCUCUCUGUUCCAGUACCAUGGGGAGAGAUCAGAGGUAAAAUCUGGGGUCCUGACCAUGGUCACCCUGUUCUGUGCCUGCACGGCUGGUCCGAUAACUGUGGGACAUUCAACACCCUCAUCCCCCUGCUGCCCAAAGAGUGCAGGUAUGUGGCGGUGGACCUGGCAGGUCAUGGCCAGUCAUCCCAUCGUCCCCCUGGGGAUUUCUACCAGUUUCCAUUAUAUGUGAUGGAUGUGCUCAGAGUCGUUGAUGCGCUACAGUGGAGCAAGUUCUCCAUCAUAGGCCACAGCAUGGGUGGUAAUGUUGCUGGACUGUUCAGCGCUCUAUAUAAUGAGAUGGUGGAUACUGUCGUACUUUUGGAUUCCCUUGGAUUUUACCCCACAGAUCUGAAAGAAAAGGCACAAGAUCUGAGGCAGGGUAUGGACGAGAUGCUUCAGUUUGAGAAAACGACAGCAGAGAAGAAAAGAGUUUACACUUAUGAGACAGCAGUCGAAAGGCUGAAGGCUGCAAACCCAACUCUGUCCAAGCGGUCUGUACACAUCCUUUUGGAGCGAGGUCUGAAUCAAGUUGAAGGAGGAGUCGUCUUCACCCGAGACUUUCGCAUUAAUCUGAAGAACAUAGCACGCUUCAGCUUGGAGCAGUGUCUGGAGCUGCAGUCGAGAAUAAAGGCCUCUAUUCUCAUUAUUCUAGCUGAAGGUGGCUACAUGAAAACACUUUAUGCGAUGGAUCAAAGAGAAUCUGCAUUUUCAGCACUUUGCCAGGCCUAUAGGGACCAAAGUCACAUGGUGGUGAUGGUUCCAGGAGAUCAUCACGUCCAUCUGAAUAAUCCUGAGGUCGUUGCUCCACUUGUGUCGGACUUCAUGCAGUCAAGAGUGUUGUCACAGAAAGACAGACUAAUAGAUGAACAGACCUCGAAGUUAUAACAGAGUUAUAAAACAACAAUUUUACCAGUGGGGUUGGUUGAUAUAGACUAAAAACUAUAGAAUGAUAUUUAACUAUUUUUAUGAUAACAAUAUAAAUGGCACUCAGCAUAGUCCUAACAGCGGUGUAAACAGUUAUUCACAAAGUGAAACUUCAGAUUGCCAUCAUUAAAGGUGCAGUAUGAUCUAGAAGGAUUGAUUAACAGAAAUGGGUUAUAGUAUGCGUAAUUAUGUUUUCAUUAAUGUGUAAUCACCAGAGAAUUGUUGCAUUUUCUUUAGAUUAGAAUGAACCUUUUAUAUCUACAUAGGAGUGGGUCUGCCAUCACAGACUGCCAUCUGGAGCCACUAUGUUUUUUUUACAGCAGCCGAGAAUGGACGAACCACACACUAGUGUGAAUUUCACUUUUUCACACGAAAGUAGCAGCUUGGAUCGGGAGAUGUUUGGAAGACGAUAAAAGAAGUAACGUUAGAAAUGAGGAAUCGGUGUCAUGAGUUUAAGAACUAUAACUUGUUAAAUGGAGGAUCUUAGUUCAACUUUAACACAAGAAAAAGGAAGAUAGUGAAUCAUCCUUAUCAAAGAAGCAAAGACAGAAAUGGGAAGGUUUAAUUUUUUUUUUUUUCUUGAUGCAAGUUUAUUUUUUUCUUUAUCAACAUAGAGAAAGGUAUAUACAGAACAAGUUAGGGGAUACAAACAAACCACAGGGGAGAAGUCUAUUCUUAACAAAACAUUAAGGUUAGCAUAACAACCCUUAAACAGUAUUACUGCCACAAGCAUGAAAGAAAAAAACAACAUAAGAAACACCAGCUAUGAAAACAAAUGCAUAGGUAGGGUAAGGAGCUCACACAAAAAAGCACAGCUGGAAACAUCUAAAGAACAACAGUUGGGAUAUAGAUGUAUACAACUUAUAAACCUUUCCGGUCAUCCUUUCCAGGCAUUUCGGUGACAUAUAAUAGUUGGCAAAGUUAUUAGUAAAUACAGUGAAGGAGGGAGUAUUACCAUUCCACUUAACGAAAAUGUACAUGUAUAUGAUAGUUACCCAGAAGUGUUCAACGUGGUUUUGUUGGAAGUUGCCGUUCGUUUUUAGCCGCGCUUUUUUUCUUAACAUCUACGGUAAGAGUUGCUUGGAAUGGCUAAGAUGGAUGUUUAAAUCUGUUUGACUGUUUACUAAUGGGCUUAACGAUUAAAAUAGUAUUAUUGCACUUAUUAAUAUGUGUAUGUAUUCAGCCUUCUUGAAAAUUAUACUGCGGUCAUUUUGGAUUCAACCGGUUCUUUUAUCUGAAGGCCCCAAGAAGUAACACUCAGG